UGGCCAUCUCUUCUUCCUCUCCCCAUCCUCCGUGUCUAUCCCCUUUCCCGUGGUUGCCUCCAGCCUUUUCAUCAAUGCGAGCCUCCCGGCAUCUCCGCCCCCGCGCCUGGUUGGGGUAAGAAGGCGCAUGCGCUGUCAGCGCCCCUCCCUCUCCACCCCCAUCCACCGUCGGCGUCUGGGCCUCGUCCCCAUCUCUCUGACUCCCUCUCUUUCCCCGUCACUUCCCCCGAUACUGACACCCAUUACUCCGGUCUCCUCCGUCUCAGCUUUGGUCUCCAGCCUUCUUUGGCCCGAGGAUUUGCCUGAAGGCCGCCCCCAACUCUGCAUCCGCCCCCCGAGGGCCACUGAGGACCAUGACUAAGACAGAUCCCGCUCCGAUGGCCCCGCCGCCCAGGGGGGAGGAGGAAGAAGAGGAGGAAGAGGAUGAGCCCGUCCCCCAGGCCCCCAGCCCCACCCAGGAGCGCCGGCAGAAGCCUGUUGUGCAUCCCUCGGCACCUGCCCCCCUCCCCAAGGACUAUGCCUUCACCUUCUUCGACCCCAAUGACCCGGCGUGCCAGGAGAUUCUGUUUGACCCGCAGACCACCAUCCCUGAGCUGUUCGCCAUUGUGCGCCAGUGGGUGCCCCAGGUCCAGCACAAGAUCGACGUCAUCGGCAAUGAGAUUCUGCGGCGAGGCUGCCAUGUGAAUGAUCGGGAUGGGCUGACUGACAUGACUCUGCUCCAUUAUGCGUGCAAGGCUGGGGCCCACGGAGUCGGGGACCCCGCGGCGGCCGUGCGCCUCUCGCAGCAGCUGCUGGCGCUGGGCGCCGACGUGACCCUGCGCAGCCGCUGGACCAACAUGAACGCGCUUCACUACGCCGCCUAUUUCGACGUGCCCGACCUGGUGCGCGUGCUGCUGAAGGGCGCGCGGCCCCGAGUGGUGAACUCCACGUGCAGUGACUUCAACCACGGCUCAGCCCUGCACAUCGCUGCCUCCAACCUGUGCCUGGGAGCCGCCAAAUGUUUGCUGGAGCACGGCGCCAACCCGGCGCUGCGGAACCGAAAGGGACAGGUGCCGGCGGAGGUGGUCCCAGACCCCAUGGACAUGUCUCUAGACAAAGCAGAGGCAGCGCUGGUGGCCAAGGAGCUGAGAACGCUACUGGAGGAGGCUGUGCCACUCUCCUGCGCCCUCCCCAAGGUCACCCUGCCCAACUACGACAACGUCCCAGGCAAUCUCAUGCUCAGCGCUCUGGGCCUGCGCCUGGGAGACCGCGUGCUGUUGGAUGGCCAGAAGACGGGCACACUGCGGUUCUGCGGGACCACGGAGUUCGCCAGCGGCCAGUGGGUGGGCGUGGAGCUGGACGAGCCCGAGGGCAAGAAUGAUGGCAGUGUUGGGGGUGUCCGGUACUUCAUCUGCCCCCCCAAGCAGGGUCUCUUUGCCUCUGUGUCCAAGAUCUCCAAGGCAGUGGACGCGCCCCCCUCGUCUGUCACCUCCACACCUCGGACUCCCCGGAUGGACUUCUCCCGUGUCACCGGCAAAGGCCGCAGGGAACACAAAGGCAAGAAGAAGCCCUCGUCAUCCCCAUCUCUGGGCAGCCUGCAGCAGCGCGAGGGAGCCAAGGCUGAGGUCGGAGACCAAGUCCUCGUUGCGGGCCAGAAGCAAGGGAUUGUGCGCUUCUACGGGAAGACAGACUUUGCCCCAGGUUACUGGUAUGGCAUCGAGCUAGACCAGCCCACGGGCAAGCAUGACGGCUCUGUCUUCGGCGUCCGGUACUUCACCUGCCCCCCGAGACAUGGAGUCUUUGCGCCAGCAUCCCGGAUUCAGAAGAUUGGUGGAUCUACUGACCCCCCUGGGGACAACAGCGGAGCCAAAAAAGUGCAUCAAGUAACAAUGACGCAGCCCAAACGCACCUUUACGACAGUCCGGACCCCAAAGGACAUCGCAUCAGAGAACUCCAUCUCCAGGCUGCUCUUCUGCUGCUGGUUUCCCUGGAUGCUGAGGGCGGAGAUGCAGUCUUAGAGGCCGUGGACACCCAACAAAGAGACACAGAGCCCCCUCUAGCAUCUCCUGACAUGAGGAGCCCCCCAAGUCACCCUGAGAUAGAGAUUCCCAGUAACAUGUCCAGAAUAGAGACCCCCAUUAGCCAGCCCUCAAUCACUGAGGCCCCAUUAUUAACAGAUUCCCCCAUAACCCCCCGCAUACAGACCCCGUGUUACCCAGAAAGAGAUUCCCUGCGUGUAGCACCUUCAGGCUAGUCCCUCUCCCCAACCCCUCAGAGCAGACCCCCCAGUGAAGAGAUUUCCACCUCACCCCAAAUGACUGUGACCUACUCCUUAUAAUGCUCCACAACAGAACAUUCCUGAGUCACUCAUCACUGGAUCAGAGCCCUCCUCCAUUAACGAAGACCCCCCCAUCAAGUCCCCUUGAAAUAAACACAGGUCACACCUCCAGAGUAAGAGUAACAGACCUUCAUGUCACUAUCCUCCAUUUAACAUCAGUCCCCUCAAGAUGUGACCCCCAUGGUGACUCCAAAACCCUUACACUGCAAUCAGAGACUCCCUCCAUUAACAAAGACCCCUGCUCUUACCCCUCAAGAAGAGACCCACAUAAACCAGCCCACUGUCACCCCCAAUUUACAGACACCAAAACAGUCCUGGAAGUGCUAAUUACAGGACCCCUAAGUCUUCCUACCCUCUGCACCCUCAAGAAACCCCCAGUGCCUUGUAUGAAGCCCACCCCACAUGGCCCACAGCCCCUGUGCUGGCCAGGUUCCCAGAAAAUUCUCUAUUUUUUAAUGACUUCCCCCUUUGGGGGACCCCAAAAUUUGGAGGCCCCAUUCUAAGACUCUGGGGAUCCCAAACCCCAGAGUAUAUGUCCCAAACUCCCCUGUGUCCCCAAGUCCUGUAGCCCCUAGAAGACCCCAAGGCCCUAACUCCCAGGACCCCCAAAUCAUGGAAUUCCCAAAUCCCCAGGGAAUCCCAAAUUUAAAAAUCCAAUCCCAAGCCCCCCGGAAACCUCAGUCACGGAGGUCCUUGUGCCUGGGAUGGAGGAGACUGCAGUCAGGAUAUGCAUCCCGGGCUCCCAGGGCACCUCCAGCCCUAUUCAUAGGCACCAGGAGACCCCACAGGAAUUCUCAUCCCUGGAAACUGGAGGACUUCAAUGCUCCCAGUCCAUGGAUCUCAAGACACCCAAAUUCCAAGAGCCCCUGCCCCAAGGGAACCCCAAAUCCUAAAGCCUCCAUAUAUAAUACAUGAAGGGCCCCAAGGCCUUGAGGGGAUCCCAAAUCCAGGAGCCCCCAUUUCAAUCUACGUUCUGGUCAUAGGUCCAAAACACUAAAUCUGAGUCACUGGCCCCAAAGGACCUCAGCACCGGGGCCAGACCAACAGCCUGAGGGAGACCCUGAAGGCCCAGGGAGUCCAGGGCGGACCUGGGGCCCUGACCACCAAGGACAGCUCACGACUGCCCCUUCACUGCAUGUCCCCGAACUCAGCAUGACCCCUGCCCCCUUCAAUAAAGACGUUUCUAUGGCU